UGCGACGGGACACACGGCGCUGUUUCUGAACACCAGUAACAGUAACAGACAGCAGGAAGACAUGGCGAAACUCUGUGUUUAUAUGAACUGUGUUUUUGUGCUUGUGUUCGGGUUGUCCUCCUUGUCUGUCCCGGCUGAGGCUUCUCCUGAGCAGACGAAGACGGUGGAGUUCAACGUUAAACCGGGAGGAGUGGUGUACACAUUCUCCGAGGCAUUUAGGGAUUAUGAAUGUUCCUUCACUUACGCUUCACAAGGGGGAACCAAUGAGCAAUGGCUGAUGAGUGUUGGCCUGAGUGAUGAUGACACGCUGUUUUCCUGUUCUGUGUGGAGGCCUCAGGGGAAAUCUUACCUGUUUUUCACUCAGUUCAAAGCUGAACUCAAGGGAACCAAGAUUGAAUACGCCAGCGCUUAUUCGCAGUCUGCAGCAGCAGGACACAGUGACGUUCCCUUGAGGCCGGAGGAAUUUACCAUCAAAGACUCAACAGUGACCCACAACGAAGGAAAGUUCAGUGCUCAACUCUCCAAAUUGGUCGCCAUCGGACGGACACGACACGACGAGCUGUAAGCGGUCAGAAGGGUGACCUGGCUUUGUUCAUGCUGUGACCAGUCACAGCUCUGAGUUGGGGGCUCAGUGUCCGUCCCUCAUCAAUGAGGGGUGAAUUUGGAAAAUGUUCCUCCUAAAUGACAAGUAAAAAAUUGAAGUAGGACAAUACUGAUGCUCUGGUACGGCCUAUGCAGCAAUUUGUGUGGUGAAUUUUUUUUUUUUCCAAGAUGGUAGAUUUAUGCUACUUUUGACAAAAAUAAUUAAACAGCAAGCAGCUGGUGGAGUAUCCCAGUUUCCCUCUCUCUCUCUUUUUUUUUUACAUAAUGUCCUAGUUAAAUUUAUGCCAUAAGAUUAAGUGUUUCCAUAGUUUGUGAGGCUCUUAUAUUUACAGCAAAUAAAUCUGCCCUGAUCCACUGGGGACGUAUGUGAAUGUAUAGGGGAUUGGCGUCUGGAGGUUUUGUUGAGUAUAGAUAACACAUUUAGAAUUGGGAAAGGAUUUAUCCAUCUUGUGUAAUCCUAAGAGGAAAGUGAGUAAUCCCCAAUAUCGUCAUGGCACACACAUAAACAAUUACAUUUUGCUCAGUCUCAUUCUGUUCUAAAGCUGCUGUUGAGCCAACGCCCCAGUCUCUGUUUAUCUUCAUCUGUUCCAGAUAACUCACAUUUGAUCCUCCAUAAUCACAAUUCAGUAUUAUUUGUGAUAAGUCUUUGUUUUGUGCUUGCUUUUUGGGCCAGAAGUGAUACUUAUCAUAUGGAAUUAAAGGUCCAGUUUAUAACAAUUAGUUGGGUUUAUGGGCAUAAAUUGAAUAUACUACUCAUAAGUGUAAAAAAUACUUUAAAAUACCUUUAUAGUAAGAUUCCUACACACACGUUAGGCAGGUGCCUUACUUUACAGGCUGCCAUUGCGCACUGCCAGUUUCUGUAGUAACCCAAAUGGAAGUAGCAGAAGCUUGCAAUGCAAACAAAAACGGCUCCACCCACAUAAACCAGAUGCAUGAACUAAUUAAGGAGAAAGUGGAGAGCGGAAGAAAGGAAAUUAUUCUGUAUUAAAAUCCUUUUUGCAAAGGCCACUGUAGUUCCCUGACACUUUUGGAUAAUGGAGAGGUGAAGGUAGGAGUCUCAUUAAUUCUUGCACUCUGGACACACUGAAGCAUUUGUAGCAAACUGUCAAACAAUACCAGUGCAAUGUUGUUGUUUAAAAACCUGAAAUUACAAAGAAAUAUAAAAGUUCUCAAAUCUCCAAAGUUUGAAAUAUGUUUUCUUUUUCAUUUUGUGCCCGCAAGAUUACAAAUGGAACACAGUCCAUAUAAACUCAAUAUAAGAUCAGACACACAGUCGAUCAUUGGUCCUCAUUCUGCCCAAAAAAUGUGGACAUUAUUAGAAGCUUAGCAAGUAAAUCAAUUAAAUCUGUUACAUUUUAUUGAAAAUAAGCCCUUAACAUUGUCCCUUAGCAAUAAUGACCACACAUCUGUAAUAAUCUGUUGUUUUUUUAAAGUCAAUUUUAAGUUUCAGAAUAUUUUAAUCUCAAAUAUAUAUGGUGUGUACAUAGAGGAUUGACUUUCAUCGUUGAGUGUCACGUGUGGAUCAGUGAGUUUAUUGUGCAUGUCUCAGAGCUACAUCAUUAUAUCACAUCUGCUCCCUCUCGUCUCACUGCUCUUAUGUAACAAGUAGGAUUACCUUUAUCUCCCUUACACUGAUCCAGCCCUCUUAGAUCCACACAACAGUCCAGAGGAUGAUGUCUGGGGAUAGAUUUCAGAUUUGAGUAUUGUGCUGCUUUGUCUCUGUGGUGGGAUUAUGGUCUGAGGUUCGUACCUUUCUUUGGUCUUGAUUUGCUUUCCAUUGUCUGGCGUUUGGCGUUAAGGGAAAUGCUCAUCAGGGAUGUUUGUGUGUCCCUCUUGUCACCAUCGAGGCACCCUCUGGGGUUUCCACAGGAAAUUACCACGUUCAGCGCCUGAGUGGAAAUGGACAAGAUCUUACUUGCUUUAUAUUUAUAAUUUUUUUCUACUUCUUGAUUGUUCUCAUUUCAUGGUGAAAUGAUAAGUACAGUCUGUUUCAAUAAAGACAUCUUGGCACUGCU